AUGCCAAAACCAAAACGUACUUCUAAAAAUUUUGAUACUAUAGAAUCGCCUGCAAAAAAAAAGGCUACAAAUAAAGAGAGUACAUCAGAUACAGACCAUAAUCUUAUUUCUCAAACGCAAGAAAUUUCAAUAAUUAAAGAACCUAUUAAAGAACCUAUUAAAGAACCUAUUAAAGAUUUUCUUAUCGUCGUGGGUAGUUAUGAAAGAAUAUUAUACGGCAUUAAUGGAUGUUGGGUUAAAUCGGACCAGAAUGAUUUCGAUAAAUGUAAACCUUCAUUACGUUUUGAUCCAACCUUUAUAUUUCCUGCCCAUAUUGGCUGCAUUAAAGCUGUAGCCGUAGGUUCUAUAACUACUAUUCAAUUUUAUAAUAAAUCUCAUAUGAUUAGUGGAAGUGAAGAUGGUACAAUAUGUAUUUGGAGAUCAAAAGAUUGGGAAUGUUUAAAAAUUUUAAAAGGUCAUAAAGGGCGUGUUAAUUCUGUGGAUAUUCAUCCAUCAGGUAAAAUAGCAUUAUCUGUGUCAAGUGAUAAAACUGUACGAUUAUGGAACUUCUUAACUGGAAGAAAAGCAGCUGCUAAUAAAUUAGGAAGAGAGGGAGAAAUAGUAUUAUGGAAUCCAUCAGGUGAUCAUUACGCCAUUUUAAUGGGUCAAGAAAUAAAAAUAUUUAAUACUAUAGAUGGACAAGUUACACAAAAUUUUCAACUUAAAAGCUCUCGCUACCUUUGCAUGCGAUAUUUUGCUCAUGAAACAUUGGGUGAUUUGUUAAUUGCAGGUAGUGAAGAUAAAACUGUGAGAGUGUAUAAUGUUAAAAAUGGUGAUUGUAUUGCAACUUAUAUGGGUCACAAAAACCGGUAA